GCGGCGCCGCCGGCCAUGCAGCUGAGCGCCUGGGAGAAGGCGGGGCCUGCCGCGGGGCACGCGGGCGCGCAGGGCUCGAGCCAGGCGCCGCCGCAGCCGCCGGCGCCCCCCUGCGACGGCCGCUCCACGCUGGGCGCCAGCGCGCAGAGCCUGCAGGGAGCCGGCCUCCUCGCCACGCCGCCGGGGGGCCUCGGCCCAGCGGGCUCUGGCGCGCAGUCCCCGCUGGCGGCGGGGGCCUCCCACGCCGAGGAGGCCCCGCCCCCGAGCUGGCGGAGCGCCGCCGGCACCCCGCAGUCCGAG